AUGCUAGAAGCUCAAGAGAUGUUAGCAGACCUCGAUACGAUUGUUGAAGAUGUACGUCAAGGUACAUCGCAAUCACUCUUUACACUGUUAUUAUCAGUACUCCAUUAGAGAAAAACAAUUAGACAUGGAAGAUGCCCGAGUGUAAGCUUUUGGAAGACUAGGGAGAGGGAUUAAUACAUUUGCUUGCAAUGGGAUUCGAAAGCCAGGGGCAUCAAUAGAUGCUUGUUCCUACAGUCAAACCACGCUUUGCGGACACCAGCUUAAUACGGACACCUCAUAUACAGACAGUUUUCUUCGUCCCUGAGGAAAGAGAGCCCUUAGAUUUCCUCUAAGUUCAACCCUCUGAAUAGGGACAUCCAGUUAAUACAAACACUUUCUCUGUCCCACUCCCCCCCCCCCACCCACCCAAGCCACAGUACCUUUAUCAAUAGAGUGUUUUCACUCACGUGGCUAGCAUAUAUGCAAAUUUAUUGGAACAAAAGAAAGCGUUUGCAUAAGAAAAGAGUUCAACUCCCAGAGGACUGGUUUGGGACACCAACAUGGACGCCGUUUCAUUGUUUUGGGACACCAAUAUGGCCGCCGUGACGUCAUGUGAAAACACUCCAUAGGGUUCGACUGUAAAUGCUACCCUUAAAGCACUUUUUGCGUCGUUGUCACCAAUCCCAAUGUCAUUAAACACUAUUUUAACGCAUUUCCUGCACCAUUUUAUUCAGCUUGUGAAUCACGUUUUGACAUUUACUUUUGUUUAAUUAUUGAUAUGCAGACAAACAUCAAAUUCUCUACAAAGUCGUGGGAUGCUACAGAGACAAACAACUCGAUCCUAGGCCUAUCCCAAAACUGCUGGCUGACCUAACUGGCGAGAUAGACUGGCGCGAUCUUAGCAAGGUCAAGCGAAAGUGUGCAAAACUUGCCAGUGACCAAGGCUACACUUACUUUGGUCUUCAGUCGUUCGGACAGUGCAGAAGUGGUAACGAUGCAGCAAGUAGUACAAGAGGGAUGGCGUUUCAAAUGGCUACAAAAGUGGUUUAG